AUGCGAAAUCUUUAUAAUCAAUGGAUGAACAAAGAAAUCAAAGAAUACACUAAAACUAGCAAGACGAAACGUCCUUCGUAUCUUUUGAUUGCUACUUGGGUAAAAGAGGCUUGGGAAGCUGUAGAUAUUAACAUGAUCAGGAAGUCCUUCACAUGUUGUGGGAUUUUUAACGCGAUGGAUGGAACCGAAGAUGAUCUGAUUUUUGACUUCAUGAAAAAAUGGGAAUUUUCAGAAGAUUAUAAAUAUUCAAAAUUGAAUUUAUCUCCAUUACCACAACCCAAUGAUUUAAUAACAGCAUUAUAG